CACGCGACGAAUUUUUUCCACGACCUAGCUCGACGAGGAGACCCCCACGUGACACUCCGUGUCUGUCUUGUCCGCACUGCUGCUACUAUUGUACUGGAGUCGCCACGGUCAAAACUGCAGCUUGGGUUUAUGGAGUUGAGGCCACAGUUAACUAUGUUUCAAGGGGUGCCUGACGACUCUCCUUCAGUUCAACCUUUUGCAUCCCCUCUGCCUGGUGGUUCUCUGCUGACAGUCGUGGCUGAUAACAAGAACCCCACCCUGUUCCUUCAAUCGCAAGGCCCUACAAUCCGCUCUACCACAGCUCUGCUGUUG